CAGGAGGGUGUGCUAUUGAGCUGUGAGAGCCAGUUUGUCUGCGGAAACACGUCAUUACACUACAAAAUCUAAUAUUGCAUGUUUUGUUUUGUCUCAUAGUAAGCCACACAAUUUUGUUUAUGUAGAGUUCCGUUCAGCAGGAGUUUGUAAAGACCUGGUAUUGUGUUCGAGUUCAGAAAUAAGAGGCUACGCCCCAUUACAUCUAACAGAUGAAUGUUCAAAUGUGGAGAUUUCAGCAUCAGUUUGAUCACCGAAAGGUUGACCGCAGCUUUUAAAACAGCGUGAAAAUGGCAUAUACCGUGUUCAUUAGUUUUAUGGAGAGACUGUUAAUUUGUAUUGUGCAUGGGAAGCUCCAGUCUGAUGUUUCCAAGCUGGUAUUCCUCAAGAGAUUCUGUGUGUGUGCAUGAAUGAUACAGCUGAAUUAGUCAAAAACAAGAUGUCAGGAGGGGAACGCAGAAAGCGAACUUCUAGGGGGCAAGGAUGGGAAGAGGCUGGGGCAGAAUUUUAUCAGGAGAGUUAUCCAGCUGAUGUGGACUUGGAGGUUUGGCAGCGUGACCCAGCUCAUAUUGCAACUCUUUUACCAAGCAAACAGUCUCGGGCAGCAACAAGUAAGCGUGUCCGAGGAGAGGUAAAGCCAACCCUGCGCCGUCGCACAUCCACACGCUCACGGUACUCAAGUACUGCUCGACGGACAUCCACAGCACAUGACGUACACAUGGCUAUGUUGCCAGAUCUGUCAGAAAACUUGUCAAAUGAGGAGCGGACAUGGGAAGAGAUCAUGCAGAUAAAAGCCAUGCCUGUCAGCAUGAUGCAGAAGAAGGAGAUGAAGGCAAAAUUGCAGACUGCUACAAAGCUGCGUCUGCAGGGCUUCGAGCAACUCAAGUGGCAACGCAGAAAGGUCUGGCAGCAGAUGAAGAGUCGCUGGAAGGAAACAUACUCAAAACUGGAAUUGUGGCGUCACAGUUUGAAAAAGAUUGAGGGUAACUUUGGGACUGGAGUGGUGGCAUACUUUCUGUUCAUAAAAUGGCUCAUGUUUCUCAACCUGUUCAUCUUCCUGUUUAUACUGUUGUUCAUCAUCCUUCCAACAUUAGUUUUGGUACCACAAGAAUCACCUGCCAAUACUACCCUUGUUGAGGAGUGCUCAAGAAACUAUUUCAAUUUGUCAGUAGAUUCUAGUUUUCUUGAUUGGGUGCAGGGCACUGGGAAUAUGGAAAGAACUAUCAUGUUCUAUGGUUACUACACGCACAAGCUAAUAAGUGAAGAUGGGAAUAUGCAUUCCUAUUACAAUUUACCUCUUGCAUACAUUGCAAUUGCAGUAAUUUAUCUCCUUGGUAGUCUAGCAGUGAUGGUGAAAUCUGCAGCACAAGGCUUCAAAGAGCGCCUGGUAGAAGGGGAGGGUCAGUUCUACCAGUAUUGCAACUUAGUGUUUGGAGGGUGGGACUUCUGCAUACACAAUGAGAAGUCUGCCAGCAUGAAGCACAAGGCACUAUACAAUGAGAUGAAAGCUUGCCUGGAGGCUGAGAGGUUAGAAGAAGAGCGGCAGAAUCGCUCCCGGGACGAGAUGCUCAAACUGAUGAUCAUGCGCUGUAUCAUCAACCUGAUAGUUCUGAUGGUGCUGUCUGGGGCACUUGCGCUCAUCUACUACACAUUCUACUUCUCUCAAGAGAGACUGAACAAAGAACUCCUGAAUCCCAAUACAGAACUAGAAUAUCUCUACAAGUUCAUUCUGGAAUUCCUCCCAUCCAUCAUCAUUGUGUGUCUGAACCUGUUGGUACCAAACAUGUUUGCUUACCUGGUGUCAUUUGAACGAUACAGCCCACUGUUCAUAGUGCGAAUCACUCUGCUACGGACAGUUCUGCUGCGCCUUGCUUCUCUUAUCAUGCUGAUGUUCUCACUGAAGGAUAUCAUAAUUUGUGAUGAGCCAGACAGCUGCAGCUGUGAGGACCAUCCAAAAUGCUGGGAGACAUAUGUUGGUCAGCAAGUUUACAAGUUGGUCAUACUGGAUUUUGUCACCCAUGUUCUUAUCACCUUCACAUUCAAUUGGCCUCGAAUGCUAAUUGCAAAGUAUUCGAAGAGCAAAGUUGCGAAGUUCAUCGGUGAGCAGGAAUUUGAGCUGCCGAAGCAUGUUCUAGAUGUGGUAUACAGUCAAACUCUUUGCUGGCUUGGCAGUUUCUAUGCCCCCGUCCUACCACUUCUGGCUAUGCUGGAGUGUUGUCUACUGUUUCACAUAAAGAAGUUUGCCUGCCUGGUGAACAGUAGGCCCUCAUCAACUGUGUACCGUGCAUCACGCUCCAACUCCCUCUUCAUGGUGGUGCUGCUCAUUUCCUUCAUUGUUGCAGUGCUGCCAGUGGCAUUUGCUAUAGCCGAGAUCCCUCCUUCCAAGUCUUGUGGACCAUUCCGGGGACAUCUGACAACAUGGUCUGUGGUGGUAGAGUCAUUUGAUCAACUGCCAGCGUGGAUCAAAUCCAUCAUGUUCUUCUUUGGUACAGCUGGCUUUGCAGUACCAAUAUUUGUUGUAUUGGUCCUUUGUUUGUAUUAUUUCUAUGCUGUUUCAGCAGCCAAUAAGCAGAUGGUUAUGGUUCUUAAGAACCAGCUAGUGUUGGAGGGUCAUGACAAGCAGUUCCUGCUGAAUCGACUCAGUGCAUUCAUUAAACAGCAGCAUGAGCACCAGAAAGUAAUGCGACAGGUUGAAAUGACCAACCUUGACCUCUCAAAUGCCAGUUAAAGUUGAUCUGUUAGUUCAGUAUUUUUGGGUAGGACCAGCGAUGGCCCCAAAGCCAACUCUAAAUCUAAUGCUUGUGACACUGUCUGCUCGUUGUGAUACAUGGCUAUGGCAAAGGAAUUAAGCUGCAGAACACAAUAAGAACUGUAGUAGGUACAAUCUACUUUAGUCAGAAUUCUGUAGUAAAACAUUGGUCUGCCACAACAGAGAAACAAACCAGAGUCUGUUACUCUGAUAUUAUCUGCCCUGUGUUUGAAAGCUUAAAAUUUACUUACAUACAUAAUCGCCAAAUCAAAAUAUACUUAAGAUAGAAUCUAUGGCUUUGAAAGACAUCACCAGUUUAUAUUUUGUACAUUUCUUUUCAUACCUUGAUUAUUUUAGGCUGGUGUUCAAAUGGAAAAAAGUUAAUUUUGAGUGAUUCAUCCUAUGUGUAUUCAUCUCUACCUUCUCAAUUCCCAUUAACUUUAGGUUGACUUUAUGAAACUGUGUGAUAGUUUAUGCUAUUGGAGAGAGCCUGACACCAUAUUUUAUAAUUAAGUAAUUCAACACAGUGAGUGUAACACUAAUGCCACUCAAGGCAUAAUACCAAAAAAUUAUUUCAUAAGAGGUUUACCUUAAAGCAUGAAACUUUUAUGAAAAUCAAACAUAAUAGAGUUGCCACUCAAAAUAUCUUUCAUUCUAUGAUAACUGAUGAAUCACUGCAGUGAAGCAUGUUAAGUCUGGUAUGAGACUCUUUUUGCGUGUGUAGUGGACCAAACCUUGGAGGUAUGUUUUCUAAGCAGAUGGAAAUUGACCGUUUUAGGUUAGGUCUCACCCAAUCUACUUGAUGAAAUAAUAUGAAAAUGCUUGUUUGUGCUUAGUGUUUCAAGGCAGUGUCUAGACACCGACAAAAUUAUAUGCAAAAUGGAUGGAAACAGGUGGGUCACACCCCAUUGCAGUUUCCAGUCAUUCCUUGGGAUCCCACAGACUAAUUUGAUUCAGGUUUUACACCACUGCUGCCUGCCUGUAAUACAUGCUGUUGAGGAAUGACCAAACAGAAACCAAAGCCUGUGAUCCAGCAACAGCAGUAGCAUCUGUGAAUUUGUAUCUCUUUGUCUAAAGUUCUGCAGCACCACAGUGAAUUUAAUGAUUUCAAAAGCAACACCACCCCGUUUGUUUCCCAGACUAGUCAGACCACAUCUGGCACAGGACAAAGGCCUCAGCUGGCAUGACUGUGUGCUACAGGGUAAGCAUCAUGACAAUACUAGUGUGAUACUUCAGAUCUCCUUUUCUAUAUUACAUGUGUGAAGACAAACAUGCAUGGUGCUUACAGUGUGAUUGGUAUAGAGUUCUUACGUCUUGCCACAAAAACAAUAUGAUGUCCAAGUGCUAAUCAUGAUUUUGUGGUUUGGAAUGAUGGCCAGGUAUAUAACUGAACUAGGACUGAUAUGUUGUCAACAUGGGAGAAAUAUUAUUCACCCAGAAACAGAUGGAAAGGGAUUUAUGUGCCAAAGGGACCACAACAGGCCUAUGAGGGUGUAAAUGAUGUUCUCGCCACCUUUUAAACAAAAUACUCGUGUUGGCUAAGACCUACUUAUCAAAUUGUUGCAUGGGACAGACAUCACUGAAUGAAGGUGGCAUUUCAUUCUUUAGUGGAACAUUCCAGAAUACUCUCUCCUUACCAGUGUCUCACGGCAAUGUGCAUUUUAUAUUUAUCCGGACAUAUCUCCAUUACUAUGGCUGCUAUAUAAAGUAGAUAUUACAGUAAUGUCAAUCAUUUUUACAAAAUUUUAUAUCAGUAUAAAAGUUUUGAUAUUAUCCUUUAGCAUAAUUUUGAUAUACAGACAUGAGUGUAGCCACUGUAGCAGCAUAAACAUUUGAAGCCAAACAAUGUGAGAAGCUUGUCAAAAAACUGGCUGUGAAAUACUGUGCUUACUGUGGGUGGAGUUGUCGUAUAAUGUAGUAGUAGAGACGCUGUCUGUACCAGUCUAGAGUGAUGCAUCCCCAGUGUUGUCUCCUUGGUAGCACAGUGAUCCUCCAGUGACUGUAGUUUCCUCACCUCUGCCAGCUCAGUGUCAUAAAACAGCCAGUAAUUAUUCAUGUCUGGGUGCUGGGGGCUCAUGAUAGGCAGCAGUAGAAUAAGGACAGGUUCCCCAGGAUUGACUGAUGUUUACUCCUCAGCAUUUAAUAUGAUACCAUUUGUGGAAAAUUUUGUCUCUUCUGUUGAAUGUUCCUGUAGGAUUAUAUUUGGAAUGGUUAUCAGACUCUUGUGGUGCGCUGUGCUACCAACCAAGCCAUUGUAAUAUGUAACAAUAAAUAGAAGUAGUAAUAAUUGAAUACAGAGUACUUAUAGAGCUCAGCCAUCUUGUGUAAUGCAGCGGUUCUCAUCUCAUCUUUCACUUCCUCUGCAGAUGAAUUUGAAAAGCAACUGAAAUAUCCAGAUGGUUGAGAGGAGUUUAGACAGGGUUCUAUAUAAAUGUUGACUUAAAUUCAGAGUUGUACCAAAGAAAAGUAUUCAAAUAACAAAUAAUAAUGAUGAUGGUCAUGUA